GCUCAAGAGACUCAAGAGCUGAGCAUUUUUCAGCUUUGCCUGGCGGAGGAGUUAGUCAACAGACUUGUUUCUCUCAUUAACGCCCGAGCGCGCAGUCCCGGCAGUCUUUCAGUGGAAGCUCCGCCGAUGAUAUGCCCAGAGUAUGAAAAGCGGUACAGGAGCCCCAAAGACGCGGUGGUGGGAUUCGCCACCGAAGUUUUCCUCAUGGUUCCACCCAGCUCGCACGAAGGAGCCGCGAAGGCUUUGGCUGAAGAGCUGCAGGAGCUAUCUGAAUGCCCCCAGCGAGGAAAGCGGCUGGAAACUGCGGCUGAAAGCGCCGCAGGAUGUUCCAUUCUUAGUUGGAGCUUGUUGAUUCUGAUGGUCCUGCAUGAGGCAGCCUUAGAUGAAAUCUUAGAUUGCGAAAGCUCGCGAUCCGUGCAGCCGUAUCACGAGUUGAACGGAAAGACCUCUUUCUGCCAGCAUGUUCUUGCGGCUGCGUUUCAGCGUCCCAAUGGCUACAUUGGCAUUGGGACCGUGCUGCUUUGCUUCAGUUGCUACUGGUUUCUCCAGGAUCCCCCUCCUGAAAUCAAGCAGCCACCCGAUGCAGUUCCGGUGGUCUUGGUUGAUGGGCAGCAGUACAGCGCCGUCCAAUACUUGGGCAUGAACCUGUUUACAGCUCCCGGCACGGAAGUAGAUGGCUGUUUCGAUUAUAAUGCCGACAUGGACCAGUGCUAUCUGGGAAGCAGCACUGUUCGUGAAGAUGUCGCCCGGCGAAUGGAAAUCAUGCUUGAGGCCAUUGAUAGAGCGUUCGAAUCUGAACACUGGGACCGCCGCCCGACGACUCUGAAGAUUGUCCUUCUGCCUGAGUUCUUCUGGCGAGGAAAGCAGGGGGCAUACCGGAUAAAGAGGGGGCUCGAGAAUGUGACUCACCCUGCAGCCCAUUGGAUCUUUCAUCAAUUUGCACACGAACGCUUCAAACAUUGGCUGGUCGUUGAUGGAACCGUGGUCAUGGCCCAAGCUGCGGAUGCGAGGUACGUUCGUAUGUCCGAGAGGCCAGAUGAAAAUAUCAGCUAUUUCAAUUUCGCCCCAAUACAUGUUGGGGGGACGAACUUGACAUACUUGAAAUUCAAGAGGUUCAUCAGUGGAAUUGAUUUUAUACGUGCUCGCCCAGAAGGAUCACGCAUGGUCCCGGCACCACCACGCAAGUCUCGCGAGUUCUGCAGAAAACAUCCGCACUCGAACGGCUGCAUGUAUGGACGGAUGCCGGAGGCGCUCCUGCACGAGCUCGGAUUCGGUAAUGAUAUAGAGCUUCCGCGUGGUUUGCUGUCCGUUGGGGGCUUGUUGAUUGGGUUGGAGAUUUGCUUAGACCACGCAAUGGGGGAUCUCUGCAACGACAUUGUUGGAGGUGACGAGCAUGUGGACGUACAGCUAGUUGUCUCUGCGGGUAUGAACAUCGCGUCCGGGCCGGUUUGCACCUUGGCCGGAGGUCCGGUGUUCCUUGCCGAUGGCUUCGCAAGGACGGAGGUCAGCUUGAACCCAUUUGGAAAAGGCCGAGUGGCAGCCCCAACUCCGGACCACCGCCGCCGCUUCAACGUUGGCAUCGACUACGGUGCUGAUGUUAUGGUGUCGAUGCAGCAGUGGAUAGCUGACACGAUCUUCAGCAUCACCGGAACGGGCUUCGGCACGCGAUUUCCUGGACUGUCGACUCUCCCGGGGGGCAGCUCCAGUUCUGGCAGUACCGGUUUGCCCUUCAAGCAGAUUCCGGCUUUGGGCGACGAUUGGAAGGCCCAGCUCCAAGGGUUCUACCACACAGGCAGCUACAAGGCCGAGGGCUCUGCCUCAUUCGAAGAACUGUGGGUGCAAAUCUUCAUGCAGCUGCGAGCACUUGCUUCAGACAGCAGGCCUGAGGUGCGGAACUGCGCGCUUUUGUGUGCCCGGCUGACUGCGAGACGCGACGGUGACAAAAGUGUCGGCUCAAAGUUGCAGCCCAAUGUCCAAAGCCUGCCUCUACUCUUGCUGCGACAUCGAAAUCCGGACGGCGAGGUCAACAUGCGUUUUGGACAGCGAACAGCAACUCAAUUGAUCGAAUGUGUGGCCAACAACGAUGCAGGAAUGGAAACCUUGGACUUGACCAAGAAUGCCUCCUUUCAAAUGAAGGCGCUGGAGAAUACGCGAAGUCUGGCGGAAGCACUGAAGAAGAACACCGUCAUCAGGACCCUGGUUCUGCGCGAGUGUGAAAUUUCUGAUGCUGGGGCAGAGGCUUUGGGUGCUGCACUCGCGGUGAACCAGGGCAUUGAAGAGUUGGAUUUGCA